AACAAGUAGUAUUAAAUUUCCUUUUCAUAUACUGUCACCACUCCCCACUCCUCCCUACUUUAUUUUUACUUCUUCCCCCUCAUCUCCUCACCAAAACCUCAAUUUUAUCUCCUCCUAAGUCCUAUCUACCUUUCACUACAAAUUAAUUUAAUUUCUUUUCAACAAAUAAUUCAACAAAAUACAAAACCCCAAUUUUCGGUCCCCGAAAAUCUCUCUCUUUCUCUCUCCUCCUCUUCCAUGGAGCAGCAACUCCACCAAGCUACUGGUGUUCCACCACCACAAUUUCCACCUUCCGCCACCGAUGCCCACCACAUCUCCGCCGCUAACCCCACCCCAUCUCACCCACCUUCUCACCCCACCUACACUGAGAUGAUAACGGCAGCUAUAUUGUGGGACAGUUCACAAGGGAAAGCAGGGGGAUCAAGUAAGAGAGCAAUAGCAAAGUAUAUAGAACGAGUUUAUACUAAUCUUCCACCAGAUCACUCGGAGUUGUUGACUAUCAAUUUGAAGCGGUUGAAGAAGUCGGGUCAACUCGUUAUGAUUAGGAAUUCUUAUCAAUUACCUGUUGUUGCUGCUGCUACUUCUUCUCAACCACCACCUGUAGCUCCUGUACCUGUUAGAUCUAUACCUCCAUCUUCUUCUUCACUUCAACCUUCUGUUGAUUUUGUUAACCCUACUCCUAAAAAAAGGCCUGGUAGACCUGCAAAGCCCAAACCUUUAGCCCAGCCCAUUACUACCACUGCUGCUUCUUCUCCUGCUGUUGUUGGUAAUGGGCCUGGUAAAAGGCCUAGAGGUAGGCCUGCAAGACAGCAACAACAACAGCCUGUUGUUGCUGAAGUUCCAUUUGUUCAGCCCAUUUCACAGCCUGUUGUCCAGUCUGUAUAUCAUGCUGAUCUUGGUGUUAACAAUGGACAACAGCCUGUUAAGAAACGGCCUGGUCGGCCUCCUAGGAAACAAGUGGCCCAGGCCCAGACACAGGCCCAGACACAGGCCCAAUUUCAGCCCAGUGAACAAACUGUGGUGGUUGUACCUGUGAAUGGGACUGUAGGUGGAGUGGUGAAGAGGAGGCCAGGGCGACCUCCAAAGGUUAAUAAUGGCGUUGGUGGGAGUUCCGGUGCGGCUGUAGCGGGGCCGAAGCCGAGGGGUAGGCCAAAGAGGAAUGUGUUGGCUCCUGCUGUGAGUACGAUUGGGAAGAAGCCGAGGGGACGGCCGCCGAGGCAAGGGGGAAUUGCUCCUGCUGGAAAACGGCGUGGUAGGCCGCCUAAGGGGAGUGUCCCCAGUGGAGGCCAACCCAAAUUGGUGAGGAAGUAUGCUGGCAAGCCUCGUGGUAGGCCAAAGAAGAACGCUUCAAUUGCGGGGAACCAAACGUCUGAGCAAGUGUUGGCUAAUGAAGAGUUAAUGAGGAAGGUUCAAAACAUGCAAGCAAUAAUCGGAGAUGCUGUAGGUGUACUCAGGCCUUGCAUAGCUAAUGAGAAUGCACCUGAUGCAUUGUUAGCAUUACAACGACUAGAAGAUAUUUCGACUAUGAAUUUCAGUGCGUCUCCAACUCCCAUCCAACCACCAACGACAGCCAUGUCGGUGGAUGCGACUGUCCAUAUCCAACCUGGUACAUCCAUGCCUGCACCAGAGAGUACAAUUGCUCCCCCACCACCAGCAACUAUGACUGUACUUCCAACUAUGGCCCCGCCUGUUGUGCCAUUUAGCAUAGCUGCACCAGCAAUGACUGAAACUGCACCAUUGUACGUGCCUACUACCAUCGAGAGCCAACAGCCAGCGAGUUGGAUCCCGACGAGUGAUGCACAGUUGUGAGAAAUAGGGUAAGUUAAGUUGUUGAUUAUGUUGAGUAGGUGUAGUGCUCUUUCAGAGAGGAUGAAAUUUGUAGAGGACACAGUUAGGUGCUAAUGUUAUUUGUAAUGAAGUCGGGAAAAUGUAAUUGCAUUUGUCAUUUGGUAUUGAAUUCAGUUACAAUUUGUGUAUUGUCUUUUAACAGCUGAACUUUUCCCUUCUGCUUUGUAGCAAUGAAGGUUUGGGGCUGUUUGUUUAAUGAAAUCUUAGAGUUCCCUAUCUGA